AAAAAAAAUCACCUCUUGAUAAAUUCAUGUCUUUUUGUUUUUUGUUGUCCUGUAAACCGAUUUGGAAUAAUUUUCUAUGUUCCAUUCAUAGUCCACUGCAAGGAAAUGCAGUCAUGUGACUCCAGAAUAUAGAAUCUACUACUAAAUGGACAUUUCAAUUUACUUUGAUCAGAGGUCAGCAGAUAACUGGCAUUAAUGGGGAUCAGGACCAAAUGAAAUGGAAAUAGAGUAUAACUCUUUAAGUGUUCUUAAAUAGAAAAAUAAUAAUUAAAUAAGAUUUUUUUUAAACUACUCAUCUCUGUAAUCAAAAACACUACUAAAAUUAAACUUGUGCUGUGGCGUUUGUACAUUGGUUUGACUAUUCAUAGUCAGAAUGUGGAAGUAGUAUUCUGUAAAAUAUGAACUCGUGGGUACAAACUGGAGAAAAAGUAAAUCAACUGAUUGGAAUUAAGAUUUAUAGGUUUCCCUCCAAUCUAAAUAUAAAUAGAUCGAUUGAUUUUAUUUCAGAGUUGAAGUCCAACUCACCUUAAAAAGAAAAAACAUAAAGUACAUAAAAAAAGCCUCUAACUAUUCAGGAGGUAGUCAUAUCGGUGUCUCCAAAGUACAGAUGAGUAACUUACUGCAUUAUGAUAUGCAAUAUGAUCUAUUGUCACAAAUUUCAAACCCCGUCAAUACAGCCUCAUAAGUUUAUUUCUAAUAUGACUUUGGUUAAUUUCAAAGAUGCAACUGCGUCUGUUUCAGUUUAAAAGUUCACAGAAAAGAUUCUGCUGUGAGCUUGUAGGUUUUUGUUGACUUAAGCUAAAGUUUGAAACGUGUUUCUCCUUCAUGUUCUUCUGAAAGCUCUCCAGUUUCAACACGUUGUAUCCCCUUAAUCAUAAAUGCCUUUAAUUAUCUUGUGGAGUUCUGGGGCACUUUUAUCAUCUGCUUGAAAAGUUGCUGAAUGUUUACUGCUGCAGUAAUGCAGGGAUUGAAGGAGGAGUGUUGUGAUUGGUUGAAAACUCAAAAUGAAGAAAAUGUAGAAAAAACAAAUAGCUUCUUUAGGAAAAUAAAGACAAUUAUUUGUUUUUCUUUUUUUUUUCAUUCUCACUUUUUUUGAUCAUGAGACAUUUUGGGUUCAACAUUGGCAACAUUUUGAUUUACACAAAAACAAAGAAGCACUUAAAGUCACUUUGUUCUGUGCCUAAAACAAAAAAGCCAGAUGUUAAAAAGGUUCUCAUCACCAAGUUGUAGAGCUCGUUGGAAAGAUUUUCUUUGUUUCUGAUUGGUGUUCAGGCCUAUGGUUUGUUUCUGUCAACAUUUCAGGUAUGAGCAAUUAGUUCAAAUCUGUAUAUUCCAAAAAGCAUUAAGAGAACCAGUCAUUAUGUCUUUUGGAAUGGGAAAACAGAUUCAUCUCAUUACAGUAAUCAGUUUUUCCAUCACAGCAUGUAGCUAUUAGCUCAUUUGCACAAUGUUGAGAAUGCAAAUGAAAGCUGUUUUGAUGUCUGACUGAAAAGGAGUUGGUUCUCUGUCAUAAUUAUCUUUAUGAAAAUAUUCUUUUGGGGAAAAAAGUUUAAUCAUCUUCCAAUAACUUUGUUUUUUGUCAAAUUUAAUUUUCUUUGAACAGACUGUUCCUUUAAUAUGCACAAAACAGCUGUGAAACAAACUGAGGUCUAAAUCUUCCUAAAGUGUGUUUCUAAAAUCACCAUUGAGAAUUUGAUCUUGAGUAUAUUUUUGUCUUUUUAUUUAGACAGCAAGACACCAUUUACAUUGUGUUGGCCACGGCAAUACAUUUCUCUGUUCAGCUAUUAUUAAUCUUCAUUCAAAUUUUCCAAUGCCCUCAUCAAAAUAAGCAAGAAAAAAAUGUAUCACUCUUUGUAUAAAGCUCUAUUUACAUGGUGGGUUUGACUGUUACGCCAUAUUUUUAAAAGCUGGUGAGGUCUUGAUGUUCAGUGUGUGGCAUGCUUUUUGGUACCAUCAAAAGUUGGAUAUUCCAGCAGCUGAACCUGUGCAAUAAUAAUUGUUUGCAUUAAGAUGGUGUAUUUGAUACAAAAUGGAAAAGUCCCAUUCUUUGGCAAUAUUCUGCAUGGGGAAUGAUGUUGUGAUUUUACGGUCAGUUGUUGAACUCUCCUCUGAUUGAACAGAUUUGCACUAAUUAGAAAAUAGUCUGUGAAGUUUUAAUUCUAAUGAAUGGGCUUUAUCACAUCUCGGUGAAGGAUGGAUAUUUUCUCUCUUAAAUAUCUGGCAACUGUGUUGAAGUGUUAUCGUUGCAUUUAAAAACUUGACCACUAGAGGUCCUAUAAGGCUCUCUUGUCCUAAAUUUAUCUUGAAAGAUUUGGCUGUUUCAAGAUCCUGAAAAAGUUAAAAAGUUAAACUUUAUAUUAUUUGAAGAAAAUUGCAGCUUUUCAUCAGUUUUGAAUGUUUCUGUUUAAUACGCUCUGGGCUAUUUUCCUGUCUGUAAAUACUUGAGAUCUGCUGCGUGAAGCCUAAUAAAGGCCUAUUGCGCGGGGAUAGCUAGGUAAUAAAACAUACAUGCUUUGUUUUUAUUCAUAAUAAACUGGUUAAAUAGCUGUGAAUUCACUUUUAUUAUGGAAAUGUGUGGAGCAUACAUUUUUUGUUAAAGUUUAACUUUGGCAGAUUUGGGGGAAUAUUUUUCCCCCAAAUCUGCCAGUUUCUCUUCUGACAUGCAACUUCUUUCAUAUAGGAUUUUUUUUUUUUUUUUUUUAGUUUAAUAGAAUUACACUGAACUAUUUGCAAGUACACAGACUUGAUAGUCAUUUUUGCAUUUAAGGGCAUUUCAUACUUGCAAUGAGUUAAAAAUUUGCAAACCAAUGAAUCAAUCUGAAAGGAGGCCUGUGUUUCUUCUGCCAACCUGCUGAUGCAUUUUCUUUCAAAUGUUCAACUUAUUUAACAGAGAAGGUAAUAAAUCAAUAAGUCAGUUUGCUUGGGAAAGAAAAAUUACAAAUAUUUCACUGCCGAUGAUUAUUUUCUUGUAUCAUUGUUGCCUGUAUUCUCACUUUUCACUUGAUGAAUGUUAAUGUUGAAACUUUUAUGUGAAUCUUUUUUUGGCACAUUGGUUUAAUGUUAUUUAUAUUUACUGUUCAUUCAAAUAAAGGACAUGCUCUGACUGUGUAAGCAUGCUUUAUUCAAAAAACAAUGAGUGUCAGGUUAGUUAAAACAGCUGCAACAUUUCAGUACUAAAGUGAUGCAUUGAAGGCAUUAUUUUAGCUCUUGUUGAGGUCAUCAAACUGACCAGGUUCAGGUGUGUCUGAUUGUCUCACAGCUGAAUAGCUUCUGUGUUUUGACCUGGAAAGUAAAGAGUGUGUAAACCAUGAAAGAGGAAAUUGCUGCAGCUGUGUUCUUUAUCACUCGGCUGGUAAAAAGAUACGGCUGUCUGGAGAACGACAGCAGGGAGCGUUUUGCUGCCGCCCUCACCUCGGCUCUGUUCGAGAACUACAAGAAUCACUGGCACCCAAGCGUGCCCACCAAAGGACAGGCCUACAGGUGUCUUCGUAUGAACCGUGUCCAGCUGCAGGACCCGGUGUUGCAGCAGGCUUGUGAGCGGAGCGCAGUGCGGUACGAAGACCUGGGGCUGCCCUUGGAGAUAACGGUGUGGGUCGACCCUGGAGAGGUUUCUUGCAGGUACGGUGAACGUAGCACUCCAUUCUGCGUCUCGGUGUUGGACAGCUGUCGGCGUGAUGGGGAAUUUUCCCGACGCAUCCAUGAGGCUGUGGAGCGAGCAAGCCUCGACAUCCAGUCAGGAAGUUCUUCUGAUGAAGAAGACAAGGAUAUGGACAAAAGCAUGAGUAGCAACAGCAGCCGCAGUCUAUCAGGUCCCUGCCCUUCCACAGGCUUUGAGCCUAAAACCAUCCCAACCGUCGUCAACCCCAACAGCAUUUACCGGUUAAGCGAGUUCUCUCCAGGAGCUCCGCAGACCUGGCUGAGAGAAAAGAGGAAGGGUUUCCCUGGAGAGUCUUUCUCUUCUGCUACUGGAUGUCCACCGUCUCAGUUCUCCAACCAGAAAGGCUUUAAAUCUAAUCGGCCCACGUUUAUUUUUGCGGGCCCCCGUGUUGACAAGUACCACUGGGUCUCCAAAUCUCGAUCUUGAAGUUGGCUGUGGCUCUUCACUUAGUACUGAAUAUAUUCUUUUAAGACUAGACUUUGUUUCACAGUGUUUGAAUCUUUAAAUUAGUUUAUUUGAAUUGGUUUAAAUUGAUAGUUUAAAAAUAUUGCUGUUUAAGCAGGUUUUUAUGAAACUUAUUGUGCUAUUUUAAUCUAAUUCUUCUAUGUGUUUUUAACUUAGAUUAAAUCAAAUGUGAAUAAAGUGAGAAUAAACUGCCAUUGAAAAAUAAAUUUAUUCCUGCAUCAUC